AUGGGAUUCCUUAGUACAGAAUACAACUAUAAUAAUUCUUAUCCUUCUCAAACUCUUCAAACUAUAGAAAACAACUCAGAAACCAUCACUUUCCAACAUCAUGAACCAGAACAACAACUGUUUGAACUUUCGCAACAAAACUACGACUUUUCGUCUUCUUUUCUAGACGAAACCUUGUUCUUUCCGAGUCCUUAUUUUUGCUCAAACGAGACUUAUCCCUGUGAAGAUCAACUAAUCAUUGACUCAACUUUCUCUUGUGAUCAAAACGAUGGCUUUGUUUCAAUGAAUGAGAUUUUCCCAAAUGAUGAAAAUUUCAAUAACUAUGAUGUUCCAUGUGCGAAACGGCAAAAGCUAGGUUAUGAAGAAACAAACCAACAGCAACAGCAGCAACAACAUUUUGCCAAUUAUUUUGGGGAUGAGUUUAUAGCGAACCCUUUUACUACUUCCUUUGAAGCGGAACCGUUUUCGGGUUCGAAGAUGGUUAAUGUUGUGCAAUGUGAGAAUGUGCAAUGUGAGAAAAAGGUUAGCGAAAGGAGUAUCUCGACGCAGAGUGUUGCGGCGAGAGAAAGAAGAAGGAAGAUAACUGAGAAGACGCAAGAGCUUGGGAAGUUGGUUCCUGGUGGGCCUAAGAUGAACACUGCUGAGAUGCUUAAUGCUGCUGCUAACUAUGUUAGGUUUCUUCAAGCUCAAGUUGGAAUGCUUCAGGUUAUGGAAACUUUUAGCAAGGAAGAAAAGGAACCACCUCCAAGUGAAGAUUUACACAAACUAGUUGUUUCUCCUUUUGUUCAAGAGAAGUUGUAUUCAGAAGAAAAGUGCUUUAUUCCAAAAGAGAUUGUCACAACAUUGGCCAACAAUGUUGAUGUUAGGUCAAAACCUUCCAUCUUGCAGGGUCUUAAACAACUUGUUGGAAGGGAGAUUGAUCAUGAGAAUGACAAGAAACUAAAACAAGAAUAA